AUGAAAAGAUAUUUGCUAGAUUUAAGCGCCAUAUAUUCAGACCAUCGACAAAAAUCGUACCUCGGCCACCGCGCAUCGUGGAGCACAGUACGCUCAGUAAUACGAACAGUGCAAGAAACAUUCGAUAUUGCUGCCGAAUUGUACAUUUGCAGCCAAGAAGGGAUAUUGUUUCCUGAAACAGAGAGUGUCGAAAUUCUACGAGACGAUGAUACAUUAAAAAUCUUACCCAAAUCGUCUGAGGGAUUGGUAAAUUCAGACACGGAAAUCGUAUCCCUUGAACCAAUUGCGUCUGACAAUGAAAACAAGAGUGCUUUUACAUCGAUAUUACGUAGUUCUUACGAAGAUAUAGAAUCGGCUCUUGUAGAUCUACCCAAAGUAAAACGACGACGGGUACGAAAACGUAAAAUAAAAAACAGCACCCCAAAGAAUUUGCUUGAUGAUUCUUCACCAACGAAAAUAAGAGCACUUGUAAGAAGCUGUACCGAGCAAAAACUGCACGUUCCCAAAGAAUCGAACUGCCAGGAAAAGGCCGAGCUGCCCUUCCGAAAUCUAAAUCUUACCAUGAAAGCUAGAGUUGUGCGAGCCGUGUCUCCAUCAGCGAUAAACCAACGUGAAUGCGAUAGCAACGGUACACUUUCCAAUCCCGAUGUUGAUGGAACGUUAGCAAAAGAGCCAACUAACCUCAGUGCCUGCGUCUUAAACCAGACUGUAACGAAAGCGAGAGUUGUUCGAGCUCUUCCGGAUGAAAAUUCUGUCACGGUAAAACGAGAACAGCUUGAAGCAGUUAGCAGCACCGCAGACACGCUGCAACAAAUCACUCCACGAGAAGAGGCGAAAGAAAUCGAUACAAUCGAGAUCGAGUCUUCGUCUCUUGUAAGCUUUGAAGAGGGCACUCAUGAAACUACUAUAACAACAGUAUGAAAGUGUGUUUCAAGUGUUGUAUGUUUAACUGUACC